GACCUGCUGGCUGUCCGUUCACCUCUGGUGCCUGUUUGGGGGCCUGAGCUCAGCGCUGAUGACGAGGAACUCGAGGCCCAAUAUUGUGCUCCUGAUGGCGGAUGACCUCGGGGUGGGAGAUGUCUGUUGCUACGGCAAUAACACAGUGAGCACACCGAAUAUCGACCGCCUGGCGAGUGAGGGCGUGCGGCUCACCCAGCACCUGGCGGCUGCGUCCGUGUGCACCCCGAGUAGGACUGCCUUCCUGACCGGCCGGUACCCCGUCAGAUCAGGGAUGGCGUCUCCCUUCAACCUGAACCGCGUCCUUACCUGGCUCGGAGGCUCGGGCGGUCUGCCCACCAACGAAACCACGUUCGCCAAGCUGCUACAACAUCGGGGCUAUCGCACGGGACUCAUAGGCAAAUGGCACCAGGGCUUGAGCUGCGCCUCUCGGAACGACCACUGUUACCACCCGCUCAACCACGGCUUCGACUACUUCUACGGGCUGCCCUUUGGGUUGCUCAGUGACUGCCAGGCGUCCAGGACCCCCGAGCUGCACCGCUGGCUGCGUAUAAAGCUGUGGAUGUCCACGGCGGUCCUCGGCCUCGUGCCCGUCCUGGUGCUCAUCCCCAAAUACGCCCGCUGGUUCCCCGUGCCCUGGAAGGUCCUCCUGGCCCUGGGCCUGCUGGCCUUCCUCUUCUUCCUGUCCUGGUACUCCAGCUACGGGUUCACGAGACGCUGGAACUGCAUCCUGAUGAGAAAUCAUGACAUCGUCCAGCAGCCCAUGCGCGAGGAGCGGGUAACCUCCCUCCUGCUCAAGGAGGCCCUCGCCUUUAUCGACAGGUAUAAACGCGGCCCCUUCCUCCUCUUCGUGUCCUUUCUGCACGUGCACACCCCACUGAUCACCAAAGAGAAGUUUGUGGGGCACAGUAAAUACGGGCUCUAUGGAGAUAACGUCGAAGAAAUGGACUGGAUGGUGGGUAGGAUCCUGGAGGCCCUGGACCGGGAGCGCCUGUCCAAUCACACGCUGGUGUACUUCACGUCGGACAACGGGGGUCGCCUGGAGGUGCAGGAAGGCGGGGCCCAGCUGGGCGGCUCCAACGGCGUCUACAAAGGUGGCAAAGGAAUGGGCGGAUGGGAGGGGGGCAUUCGUGUCCCAGGAAUAUUCCGGUGGCCGACGGUCCUGGAGGCUGGGAAAGUGAUUGACGAACCAACAAGCCUAAUGGACAUUUAUCCGACACUGUCUUAUGUAGGUGGAGGGAUAUUGCCCCAGGACAGAGUGAUUGAUGGCCGGAAUCUAAUGCCCUUGCUGGAAGGCAGGGUAUCCCACUCGGACCAUGAGUUCCUCUUCCACUACUGUGGGGUCUACCUGCACACAGCCAGGUGGCAUCAGAAGGACUGUGCAACGGUGUGGAAGGUCCAUUACGUGACUCCCAAAUUUUCCCCGGACGGAGCUGAUGCCUGCUAUGGAAGUGGAAUAUGUUCAUGUUCUGGAGAUGUCACCUACCAUGAUCCUCCACUGCUCUUUGACAUCUCAAGAGACCCUUCUGAGGCCCGGCCUCUUAGCCCUGACAAUGAAGCCUUAUUUGACUCAGUGGUCAAGAAAAUCGAGGCGGCCAUAAAAGAGCAUCGCAGGACUCUCACACCUGUCCCACAGCAGUUCUCUGUGUUCAACACCAUUUGGAAACCGUGGCUGCAGCCCUGCUGUGGGACUUUCCCUUUUUGUGGGUGUGACAAAGAAGAUGACAUCCUCUCUACGGCUUGGUGAGCAGCAAGGGGCCACUUGUUACCAACCACCAACACACUGUUACAGACUUCAUGGAAGCAGCUCUCAGCUGAUUCCUCCCUUCCUUGUGGGAUGAAUAAUUAUGCCCUCCGCCAUUUUUUUUUAACCCUCAGAUUUCAGUUCUUUCUUCAAGUCACAUCCGGGAGCUCGACGAAGCGAAAAUGGAUCUGGACACCAGCGCCCCUGGAGUAGAGAACUUGUGUCAUAUCUUUAUAUAAUUGUGUCAUUGUUCAAGCAAAAAGGUAGACCUAGGAAACCUUCUGCAGAUUCUUAUGGAUCCGUGGCGCUUAGGAGAUGGUGAGAAAUGGUCGGA